AUGGUCACUCUCUGGGGCUCAAAGCAAAAUGGAGAGCAGGGAGAAGAUGAUUCGAGUCCAAACCCCCCCGGGUCCUCCGAUGGCGAGCACUCACGACCCAACACUCGUUCUAGACACCAGGGAGACCCCGACGAGAGGACUCGCUUGCUGCCACCUCCGCCUGGACAUGGCGGCUAUCUGAGUCCCGAUGAUCCUGCUGUAACUCCAUAUAACCUAUGGAGCGUACGCGCCCUUCGCCAUCUCACCGUCAUCUUCACCAUCAUCACCUUUUUGUGGUGGGUGUUACUCUUCAUCUCCAUCUUCGCCAGUCCACCAAGCAUGAACUCGCGUGGAUCCGGCUACUUCGAUAUCUCCUACGCCCUCCUCACCAUCGGUAACCUCCUCGUUGCCCUAAUCUUCUUCUCCAUUCCCUCAACUCCAAUGAGCGUUCUCGGCAUGGUGGUUGGGGUGAUGCUCCUCAUCAAUAUGAUCUUGAUCCUCGCUGUUUCCCGUCUGCGUGCAGAGGAAGGCUGGGUCGGCACCGCCUCGGUCAUCUGGGCUGCUCUGAUGAGUCUCUACUGUGUCCUCACCAACAAAACUGUGCGAUGGGGCAAGAAGGAGGAAGAAGAGCGUCUUACUGGCCGAGAAGAAACUCGUCGCUCACUCCGUGAGUGGUGUGCCGUCUUGACAGCGAGCGUCAUAAUGGUGGUCUUGGUCGCUGUCACCGUUCUUCUCACUGCCACCUUGAUCCUCCGCGCCAGGGAUGCCACUCUAGCUCCUCCUGGCGAAAGAUACUUCGUAGAUGGCGAUAAAUACCAGGUUCACGUUGCUUGCGUCGGGGAUCGACGGUACGACGACCAGGGCGAAGCUAUACCAACUGUUCUUGUCGAGGGUGGCGAAGAACCUACGGAAGGGUCCGGCCUGGAAGAUUUCAUAUACAACGCUCGUGUGAACGGCACAAUAGCCCGUUACUGCUACUGGGACCGACCUGGUCUGGCUUUCUCCGAAAACGCACCAUCACCGCACUCAGCCGGCAUGUCCAUCGACGCUAUUUCCGAAGCACUGGCAAUCGCUGGCGAGGAUGGUCCCUGGAUCCUAGUCUCAGCCGGCAUUGGCGGCAUUUACAGUCGUAUCUUCUCUUCUCGCCAUGUGAGAGAUGUUCAGGGCAUCUUCCUCAUCGAUACCCUCCACGAGGACUUCCUCCACAGAGUCGGCUCGCCUACUCGGGGCUUCUUCCUCUGGGCCUGGGGCAUGAUCUCCCCUCUCGGUCUGGACAGGAUUCCCGCCGCUGUCUUCAAAGGUCGUACCCGCGAAGACCGCGUCUAUGGCCCUUCCUCUUACCAGAGUGGCAAAUAUCUCAAGGCCAAACUGCAAGAGAAUCUGGUUGCAGAGAGCUUCACGAAGAGUGAGAUCAUGUCUGCCAGGAGGAUCCAACCGCCCGACACGCCCUUGGUGGUUGUGAGCAGCGGUGUCAUGAUGAAGAAGGAUAAGGAAUGGGAGAAGAAACAGGAAGAUUUGACCAAGAUCACAGACAACCUGCUGGCUUAUGAUGUGGUGAGCGGAGCCCCUCACGAGGUCUGGCGUACCUUGAAGGGAAGAGAGGUGCUCGAACAGAGAUUGGGAGAGUUGUUCAAUCCGAAGAAGUCGAACACGACGGUGAAGACAGCAUGGAAGUUGAAACCUAGGCAAGAUUGA